AUGCCUAGUCGGACGAGGCCUAUUCAGAAGGUUGCUCUGGCAGUCUCCCAUUGUAGCGCGGAGACAUCUGUGUACGGCAAAUGUAUCGUCUCCGACUACAACGCCGUUCACAAAGAUAAGUGCUUGAAAGAAUUCAUGAAGCUGAAGAAUUGUUACCUAAUAGGUGUGUUCUAUCUGACACUAUUGUGGUACCUGCCUAAUCAGUCGACGAAGACAACACAGGGAACAGCGCAUUAUAGCCCAACAUCGUCAUCGCAACAUCGCAACGACCCGGACCGACACGUAUAG